AGUAGAAUUUCAUACAUCUGUUAUAUUUGGCUUCAUACAUCUGUUAUGUUUGCUUUUGGGUCUUUUGCUGGAGUGGAGACUUCCACGGGCGCGAAUGUUGAAACCAAAAUGUAUUCUGUAUUUGCACAAAAUGCCCUGGGUUUUUGUACCUGGUAGGUAGGGGGAAUCAAGCUACAGAGUGAUACCUGGUGGUAAACAUGCUUGGCUAAUGCGCUCUUUUUCUGGUAGUAGUAGGAGGUAGAAGAAUUUGUAGUAAUUUUGGCGAAAAUAUGUUAAAUUUAGAUUUGUAUCCGAAGGAAUGAUAAUGACUGGUAAUCAAGAAGUGAGCACCCGAAAAGUGAACUACAAAAUUUAAAUGUAUAACCAGAGGAUGGACGGUAUUUUGAGAACCGUUUGAUGCCCGUUACAAACUUAGAACCCAACUUCUAAAGGAAAAAAAAUCAAAAUUUUGGUUUUAUUUUUGUAAGUAAUUAUUGCACUAGUAAGGAUUUUGCAGAUUCCUACUACAACUAGCCAAGUUAUUUUAGCGGGGCCGUACGCUUCUGCAUGGUUGAUCUUCAAACUUGGAAUGAUGUAUUCUGAUUGGUGGGCGCUCCUCCGUAUGUGUCAAAACUGGGCUAAAAGUAGGAUACUUGAGAAGUUAAAUGGGUCAAGACUAGAUGUUGGGCUUUUGGCCCAAAUUUAGGCCCAUGCCUAAUGUCUUUCAGGCCGAAAUAUGGGCUUUGGGCCCAAAAAUAUGUCAAAUAUCUUUCAGGCCAGACGGCGGACAGUCACAGUCCUCUCAAAAAACUCUCCGGCUCCCUCUCUCUUUCCUCUCUCACCAAGUGCGUGUGCGAUAACACUGAAACAAUGUCACUUCCAACUCUGCUAAACCUCCAAACCCCCAAAUUCUAUUCCCUCUCGGCCUCUCCUCUUUCUCCUUCAUUUCAUCUCAACCCCUUUUCACUUCGAAACCUCAAAUUUCCCCUUAGAACUCACUCUAUCGCUUCUUCUCUACAUUCCUCAUUCCCCAUUUCGAACGACGUGCUCGAAGACGAAGACGUGGUAAUCGGGGAUUGCGUUGUUUUUGAAGAAGGGAUAUUCGAUGACCCAUAUCUUCAAAAAGACGGAGAUGGUGGUGUCGUUGAGAAUUUUGUUACUUCGAAUACGAGGACGAGGAAAUCCAGGAAGAAGAUCAUGGAGAUUGAGCCAGAGAACUUGAUUCCGGAUGAAUGGAGGGAAGCGCAGGCGGAGAUAAACAUUACGAAGAAGGAGAGGCGGAAGAUUGCUCAAGAAUUGGAGUUCAAUAGCAGGGUAGAGAAGAAGAGGGCAGCUUUGAAGCCUAUAAGAAAUGUGAACUUGGAGGAGUAUAAAGCUUUCAGAGAGGCCAAAUUGGCGCAAUUGAAGCCUAUUGUUCUCGAUAAUCCCGCAGGAUUUCCAGUGAGAGAGGAAGAUGAGUGGGAUGAAGAAGUUGAAAUGAAGAUGAAUGAGCGAGUGGCGCCUAAGAACCCGAGGUGGGCUGUGUACGGGAAGGGAUUUGAUGAUGUUGUUAAGUUCUUCAAUAGUGAGAACUAUGUGCCUGGUGAGAAGAAGUCUGAAGGUCCUCGUCAAAAGUUGUUCUCAAAGGAGGAGAAGGUUAUGUUGAAUCAGAAAAUUCCUGAUGUUGCAGCUGCUACUUCUGGGAAAUGGUUGCCUUUACACACGCUUGCUGCAUCAGGGGAGUUCUACCUUGUAAAUGAAUUGUUGAAACAUAAUGUUGACAUCAACGCGGUGGACUGGGAUGGUCUGACUGCACUUCAUAAAGCAAUAAUUGGGAAAAAGCAGGCCAUAACAAAUUAUCUCUUGAGAGAAUCUGCCAAUCCUUUUGUUCUUGAUAAAGAUGGAGCCACAUUGAUGCAUUAUGCUGUUCAAACGGCAUCAAGUGCAGCUAUUAAAGUUCUUCUGUUGUAUAAUGUGGAUAUUAACCUCCCGGACAAUGAUGGAUGGACACCAUUGCAUCUUGCUGUUCAAGCGCGAAGGACAGAUGUAGUGAGGCUUUUGUUAAUUAAAGGAGCUAAUAAGACAUUAAGAAACAAGGAUGGUUUAACCCCAGUUGACCUUUGCCUCUAUUCUGGUCAAAGCGACAAGACUUACGAGCUUAUAAAGCUGUUGAAGCAACUUCCCAAGUCUCGGUAAUUGCUCUUUUGCAGAAUGUAUUCUACGUUUACAUGGGAGAGAGCAACCUAGCUUUCACCACCAUCAUUGAGGCUCGCCAAUUCUGUCAUUACAUAUUGCACAGUGCACAUAGGCAUAGACUAUCUUCCCCGAGCCAGAAAUCGGAGGCCAAUGAGAUUGAUUACCCAUGAACUAUGCCAAUACAGAAGAGCCCAGCAUCCACACACUCAUACUGUGAAAUCAGUUAGAUAUAUAUGGAAGCAAUGCGAGCUUGUAAUUAUUAAGCAUUGCAUGCUUUGAUCGUGAAAUGAAAUUUCUAAUGUUAUUUCCAAUUUUUUAACUCUUAA